GUGCGCGCUGCGUUGGGACGGCACUGCAGAAGCAGGCGAGUUCGCGAGUGUAUCGAUUUUACGAUCGUGCCUCUCUCGCGUUGCCAGUGCGUCCGUCAUUUCCUUUAGUUUUUUAGUGGACGUGCACGUCGUACAUGGAUAAAACCGUGAAUGGGAUUACCUGCUAGACACGCCGCUCCGUACACCGCCCGCUGACUCGCAACUCCUCGUCACCCUUCACCAUGACCAAGGAUAGAUUAGCAGCCCUCGUCGCGGCCCAGUCGGACGACGACGAUGUGGCGGACGAUGUGUCCGUCAACGUCGGGGCGCCGGAUGACUUUAUGACAGAAUUUUUCGCGGAGGUGGAGGAGAUCCGCGAAAUGAUAGAUAGGAUCCAGACGAAUGUGGAAGAUGUGAAGAAAAAGCAUAGCGCCAUUCUCUCUGCGCCACAGACCGAUGAGAAGGUGAAACUAGAACUCGAAGACCUGAUGUCUGACAUCAAGAAAACCGCUAACAAAGUGAGGGCCAAAUUAAAGGUGAUAGAGCAGAACAUUGAGCAAGAAGAACACACGAACAAAUCAUCAGCGGAUCUGAGGAUACGCAAAACCCAGCAUUCGACGUUGUCCAGAAAGUUCGUCGAGGUGAUGACGGAAUACAAUCGGACACAGACCGAUUACAGGGAGCGGUGUAAGGGAAGAAUACAACGACAGCUCGAGAUCACGGGGAGAACGACUACCAAUGAGGAGCUUGAGGAGAUGCUGGAACAAGGAAAUCCAGCCGUUUUCACGCAAGGGAUCAUCAUGGAAACGCAACAAGCCAAACAGACCCUUGCGGACAUCGAGGCACGUCACGCUGACAUCAUUAAACUCGAAAACUCCAUCAGGGAGCUACACGACAUGUUUAUGGACAUGGCUAUGUUGGUGGAGAGUCAGGGCGAGAUGAUAGAUCGCAUAGAGUACCACGUGGAACACGCGGUGGACUACGUGCAGACGGCCACGCAGGAUACCAAAAAAGCACUCAAGUAUCAAAGCAAAGCUCGACGGAAGAAGAUCAUGAUCAUGAUUUGCCUCGCUGUAUUGGGCGUUGUCGUCGCUACCACCAUCGGUGGAUACUUCGGACUGUGAACGCCAAAAUCAGAAAAGUUCAAAGACAGCAGCAUCGUGUACCUAAUUCCGAAUCGCCGGCAGCGUCAGCAUUCACUCAUCACUUCGAUAUGUGAAACUGAUUGCCAUCGGACAAAAGGAGUUCGUCAUUGUCGAAGGUGCCAUUAUCAGCGUACUUCUGUCGUAACACUUAUCAUCGCUAAAGCCUUCAGUCUAUUAUGUGCGCUCUCCAGUUCGACACGAAGAAAACCAAAGAGAUAAAGAAUCAACGCUGUCACUGUCAUUAUCAUCAUUGACGUUAUCAUCAUUUUUAUCGUUGUCAUUGUUAUCGGCGUCAUCGUCGUUGUCAUCAUCAUCAUUAUCAUCAUCAGCAGCCUCAUCAUCAUCAUCAGCAGCAUCAUCAUCAUCAGCAUCUUCAUCAGCAUCAUCAUCAUCGUCACUGCAUUUAUGUCAUCUUCGUCUCAAAAGUCUUUUCUGAUAGUUAAUGCGCUAGUCACGUUUAAUUGAAAAAACGAAAAGAGGAGAGAGGGAAAACAAUUAUCUCUCGUUUUUCUAUUCAAAUAUAUUAAUUCGAAUAUUUUCCGAUAGAUCCGUUUUUAGCAGUCAGUUCCAGAUCCGUAUCCUCCCCUGCCCUUUACUCAUCCUGCUCUUUAUAAUGAAGCUUCGGAGUGUAAACUCUUUUGAUGCGUGCGUCUUGAUCAGUCUUUUUUCCUCCCUUUCCUGCAUCCUCUUGCCUGUUCUCUUCUCACGGGUCACGCGGCAAAGAUAACAGACGACAAGUCUCGCAUAUGGAAUGGGAUUGAGAAAACCGAGAAAUGCUCUCGUCUCUCUAGAACGCGACUAAAACUAUUGAUCGAAGUUAUGUACGCAUCAUCGGUGCGACAUUCCCGAUCAACGCUCAGAACAACGUCGUUCUAUCGUCGACAGGACGACCAUUGACAUGAGGACACUGCCGGUGUUUCUCCCCUUCUCUUUCCUCGCGCACAUGAACAUUCCUGUCAAAUACCACGAGGUGUCAUUAUAAUACGCAUUGCACGUCGGAAACCGACAAUCCGUGCGAUACGAUCUUCAUGAAUGGCGUCCGCUUCGUUGCCCGAUCCGAGCCCGACACCUAAUGAUGCUUCUAAACACGAAGAUGAUAAACAACCCGCGGUUACCAUUUUCUUCGUCAUGAGAAUAACGACGACAAGUGCACGGUGCUGUUCGCGAAACUACUUUUUCUGACUGUGAUUUGCACAUCAAAAAUCUCGGACGAACUACUCCGAAGUCACAUUCUGAAAAUGCGUCCCACCCACCGAUCCGAUCUGUAUGUUCGCUUAUAUUUACGAGAGAUAAACCGCUGACUAAAAAUUUGUACGCCAAAUUUGCAUCGUCCAGAUAGUUUGUAACUCUUGUUAGUAAAUCCUCUCACGAUGGUACACUAGAUAAAUAGUGCUAAUUGAUAUUAGUAAUUAUAUAUGAAUUGAUACUCACGAUAAUUUUUAGCGAUUUCUACGAUACACUUUGUGCGGAGACUGUUCCAAGUAUUGAACAAAGUUCGCGACUCUUUCUCUCCGAGAUCGAAGAGUUAAAAUAUUUAGCGAUUCAAUCAUGUUUAUCGAGAAUUCAAUGGAUAUUACUUAAGUGAAAGAAUUAACAGCAGCUAAGUAAUGCUCGUAAAGUUCUACUACCUCGAUCAGCGGUUUAACCCUCGGCUAUACAUAUCACGCCAGUUUUGAGUAACGUUUUCGACAUCUCUACACUACACCUCUCUGUAUCCGAAUGAUCGCGAGGAAUCAGCUGAGUGAUGUUUCUUCUUCGCGGAAAAUAGUAUGUCGAAUACGGAUCUUGAAGAUCAAAUUUAAGAAAUGCGUAACUUAGAAUAGAUUGUGCGGCUGAUAUUGAUUAGCUAUGAUUUGUCAAGUUCUCUCUUUUUACGCGCAUAAAAGACAGCAAGGCAUUUAACAGUAUACUCGUAUAGUUAGAUCAGAGGACCUAACUUCGUAUAAAUUUAACUGAGCAAUCCUCUUGAACUUCGUAUACUUGCUGUUAGUUAAUCAAUACUGUUAGCACAAUCAGCUCUCGUCUAAUUUACGAUGAUAAGGGCAUCGACGUGAGCAAUGUGAUUUUUAUAACGGGUAUUUUAAUCAGUAAAAAAUGUGCACACUCACUGUGUCUUGUUUGUUCUAACGAUAGCUCACUCGAGGUAUUUCGACCAAUAGGUGUUCAGUAAGAGAAACAAUCAAUUCUUCCAGUAUUUCUAUUUAGCUGUAAUUAGCGCGAUAUUAAUUGCGAUAUAGCGAGGUGUAGACGAAGCGAUCGUGUCUUUCUACGUAAGCAUAAUGCGACGUCGUUUCAGAAUGUGACCGGCAGAAGCGACGAUAAAUGCUUAGGCACGCCACAGAUAUUAAAAUAGACUUAAUUGCGAUAUAUACGAUAUAUACGAGAUACAUAAACAAAUUGGUUUUUGCUAUAGACAUUUAAUUUGGCCAAUGUUUCCUUUAUUUAACUAACAGUUGACAGUUUUGCGGUCUUCGAUUUCGUGUUGAAUAGUACGGCACCAUUAGGUGUUGGGUACGAUGACUACCAAUCCUCAACCAUAAUUUUCAUUUUGGACGAGAAUUGUUUUGUGUCUUCUUUAAUCUCGGCAGACUCUACUAACUUCUUUGUCAUCUCGCUAGUCACGAAAACCCACAGAAAGAUUGCAGAAAUAUUUCAUUGCAACAUUGUAACAUUAUAAAAAUGAUAUAAAAUGUUGCUGCAAUGUUAACUAGAUAUUAACAUUACAGUAACGGUCAAAUUUUUCUCUCUUAAAAAUGUUGUAAUAUAAUAUUGCAGCAAUAUUAUACAAUGUAAUAUAUAUUUAUUAAUAUUUUGUAAUAAUAAUUAAAAAAUUUUUAAUUUGAAUGAACAAUCUAGGAUAUGUAUACGAGUAUCACAAACUAAGAAAAUUAUCGUGUAUAAAUGAAUUUGCAAUGUGCUAUUAAUAAUGUAUUAUAUAUUAUAAUAAUGUAUUAUGGUAAUGUAUAUUACAUAUAAUAUAUACUAUUAUAUAAAACAUGUACUGUAAUACGCGUUAUUACAUUAUUAAUAGCGCAAUUGCAAAUUUGUAUAUAUAUAUAUAUGUAUGUUUUUCUAAUUUUUGACAUUUGUAUACAUGUCCCACAAAUUGUUCAUAAUUUAAAUAAUGUAAUUUUUAGAGUUUCUUAGAAUUUCAUUAAACUAUAAUAUUAAAAAUUUGCUGUGAAUACAAAAUUAUAAGAUUAAAUUGUAUUUUGAUUCGAUAAAUUUUUGUAAUUGUAAAAAUUGUUACUAUCAAUCAUUUUCAAUGAUAGUUACACGUGAUUAAUCACGAUAAUCUCGUUUAAAUGUAAUUUUAUACAAGAAUCUUGUAUAAAAUAAAACUUGCUUAUAAGUUUCAUAAAUCAGAAAAUGUACAUGCAUGUGCACAAAUUUUUAUAUAUAAAAUUUUAACAUUUUCACAAUGUGUUUAAAAUAUUGUUGCAACGUUAUUAGAAUCGUAUUGCAUAUCUAUAUUUUAACAAUGUUUCUGAAACAAAUUGCAAUAUGUAAGAUUGCAACGUAGCUGCAAGGUUCAGUGUCGUAUACGUCAUGCCGGAAUAUGUCGUAUGGCAGCGCGAACGAUUGAUUUGAUUUUGAGUUAUAUUUACAAUUGGUAGAAACUGGCAGUUUCACACAUUCGUUACUUUUAUUUUAUUAUAGUUUUAUUUUUCUAUACGAUUUAGCACAUCCUGAAUCCUGAAGCCAUUUUUGCGCACCUCUAAAUGACUCUACCUUUCAUCGUUUUCCGAGAUCAAUCAGAGCGCGUGCAUAAGAAACGAUUACACUUGCAAUCAUAAUUGUAAAUUUUGCUGUGCACGAGAUUUUUCUUAAAUUCUCUUUAUUGAAUUGUAUGCAUGUGUUCUCGAAACUGACCACGCGAAAGGUGUAUCAACUUUGAAACGAUUAACCCCAAUAUGGACAAAGUAACGGAGGGCAUGAUAAGUACAGACAACAAAAGAUAAUUGCGUGAGAAUGAAAGAACGUGCGAGUGCGUGUACGUGUGUGUACGUAUACAUGAGAAGCAGAGAGAAGGAGCCAUUAAGCUGCAGCAAUAAUAUAAUUAUAGGUGUUAUGGAAAAAAAAUAAUUAAAAGAUAAUCCUGUUGACGGAAUGAGAAAGAAUGAACGGUAUUGUAUGUACACGGAUAUGUAUACAUAUACAUAUUUAAAAAAAAAGAUAUAUAUAUAUAUAUAUAUAUAUAUAUAUAUAUAUAUAUAUAUAAAUAUAUAUAUAUAUAUAAAUAAAUAGAUAGAUAGAUAGAUAGAUAGACAGAGGUGUCAUGAGGAGUGGAGAAAGAAAAUACUAUUAAUAACAAUUAUUAUUGGCAACGCCUAUAUACGCUCCUUGACAGAUUAAUGUAUCGGACGAAGAGCUGGCGGCGUUAAUGUUAAUGUUUUGUUGAGUAUAUUACAAUUAUUACGAAUGUUGAGGUGCAUACAUUCUACAGAAGAUUGUGGGUUAAUGUUUAAACGAAAGGGGAAAACGAGAGAAAGAAAAAGAAAAAAUGAUAUAACGGUGAACGAUCACGAUUUGUGCACCGCGUGCGUUGCUGUAAUAACUAAUAUUAAAUAAUAAUAACGAUGAUUAAGAAGAUAUAUUAAGAUCACACCUUGCAUUGUACAGAAAGCAUAAUAAUUGUUAGUAUAGGUAGAACAAAUCUUACGAUCUACUAUCUAAUUAUAAUUCAGUACGAUUAAAAUGGCUAAGAUUCAAUCGCGUAAUCCCUCUGUCACGAGUUAUCACGCGGUCGUCGAUAGGUACAUCACUCUCUAAUAUUUAUUAUCUGGCUGAUCAAUGGAUUUUGUUGAAGAAAGGAUGCUUUAUCUAUGUUUUCGAAAGACUUCACAUUAAAGUCACCGCAUGUACAUUGCCAUAACACCUUACGCGAGAACCUUCGUUACGUUUUACGACUACGUAUCGACGUAACAGAAGGUUUCCGCGUAAGGCGCUGCAGCAAUGUACGUGCAGUGGCCUUUAUUUAAAAGAAAAGGAAGAAAGAUAAUUUCGGUUAUCGAAGAAAAGAUAAAAAAGAAUAAAAGAAUCACGCGGGCAGAAAAGGGUCUUCUUUUUCUUAAUAAAUGGUUAUAACAUUAAUGUUAUAAUUUCAUACUCUACAAUAUAAUUAUUACGACACAUAUUACAUUUAUAUUGUUAAGUAUAUAAUUAGAAUAUUGAUGUUAUAUCACUGUUAAUUGAUGUUUAUACCGAGAUCUUGUUAAACUAUAUAUCCAUUUUUCGGCCGUGUAUUCAUAUUUUGUCUCCUGAUGCUCCAUCGAGUCGCCUAAUUAAACAUGAAUGAUUCCUCGAAACGCAAACGCAAGCGUUUCUCUUUUUGUCAAUGUCCAAUCUAUAUCAAUCUUUCGCAAAGUCUUUGCAUGAGAUCACCUUAUUUUCUCAAAUCAAUCGAUUUCCGUAACAGAUUGUUGCGUUGUGACGAGUCUGUCCGAAUCCAAUAUAUCCGCUCUCACAAAAAUUCAACGCAGCCUCAGAUCUCGUAACUUUAGCUUUAUAGCGAAACUCCUCGUGGUAGGAAUUGAGAGAAAGAAAACCUAUCGUCGUCAAUUUCUUAUCGCUAGCUAGAUAGAUAGAGAGAAAGAAAGAGAGAGAGAGAAAAAGAAAAAUUCUAUAAGAAUAACGUUGUCAGUGCACAACAUCUGAUGAUAUUAUUAAACGAAUUUGGCCUAAAAAUUUAGGGAACGUCACGUCUCCUCAUUACUAUUAAUCGACGUUCAUCCUCGUCUCAUCCGGGACCGUUCUAAUCUCCUCAGAGCUAAGGAUGUCUAUUAAUCUCGUUGUUUUUAAUCUUUCUGCACAACUAGGCGCUUUCGAUCUUCUCAUUUUAGCAUUCGGAAUUCUUUUCAUGCUCGCAAUUUCAUCAUCACGUCACUAUCGUCAGUUAAGAUACGAGAAAGUAUUUUCUUCUUUUUAUCUUACUUAAAAAGCAACGAACCGAAGUAACGUUCGUGGCUCUGUCAUUAGUCAAUCGCAUAUCGGUGAGUUUUAACAUCUUAAGCAUAACGCGAACAUUUCCUUCGCAAACAUCUCAUUAGGUAACUAAUUGCGGAAGUUGACACGUCUUCCUUGAGAAUAGUUUUUUCAGGCGCAUGUAAGACAUCGUAGUAAUUUAAAGCGCAGCAAACGUGUCAAGAGGGACGAACAAUGAGAAACAUAACGAAUGACAAAUCCAGUCAUACAAUUUCUGUAAAUUAUAUUUAUUCAUCGUGAUUAUUUUGAAUACAUACUGCAGGAGUUCGAAUAGAAAAAGAGAGAGAGAGAGAGAGAGAGAAAGAAAGAAAAAAGAAAGGAUGUCGUUUAAUCAUUAAGUCUAACGCUAUCUCAUUGCAUUUGUACGUAGAAUAGGAUAGAAAAGAAAGAUUGUGCGGAAUGAUUUACGUAGGAAUCUUCGAACGCGCGAUUUAUUUCCGCGAACAUAUAGAUAUACGCGGAAGAGGGAGAAGAAGGAAAAGAAGAAAUAAACGUAUGCGAACAGGAAGGAUCGAUCUGGUAUUCGUAAACAUGUGAAUCGAUGUGUCAUGUUGGUGCAAUUAUUAUUAAAUACGAGAGGCUACUUCAAUAACCUUAUGAGUGUCAAUUCCAAUUUCAAGCGUAAAUUGUAAUUUCAUGAGAGUCUUAAGAGAAAAGAACGAAAAAAGGGGGAAAAAGCAAGAGAGCGGGAGAGAGAUGUGACGGAAGAAUCUUAAAUGGUUUAAAAUAAAAAGUAAGAAUCGCACGCGCAUAUCGCGCGUGGUAAAGUGAGAUUAUUGAUAACCUUAAUUUAUCGAAACUGAUAAAAAAUAUUAGGAGUAAAAGAGAGCGUGUGUGUUUGAGAGAGAGAGAGAGAGAGAGAGAGAGAGAAUGUGUGCGCGAGAACAAAUGAGAGAAUAUGUUAAACUAAAAAAAUAAAAAAAGGUAAAAAAAAAGACUAAAGAAACUAAAUCGUAGCAUGUGCAGGAGUAACAGAGAUAAUGGAUACUUUUUAUUGUAGGUAUUUCAUAUAGAGAUUCACAUGAGAUUCGUAAACAUAAUAAAAAAAAGAGCGUACACUAUAUUAACAGGAAUACUCACUGAAAGAGGAACUUUAAGAUCAACGGUGUUUCUUCUGCCUAUACAUAUAUCCGACAUCUCGCGAGCGCGCUGUGUAAUUUCUCUCCGCGUAUAAGAAACUUAAAAUGCUAAAUGAAAAGUCGCAAAAAAGAAUAUAAAAAAGACAGCAGACAUGUCAAUAUAAAUCUGGUAUCUUGCGUUCUUGUCUCUGACUAAUGAUAAACUAUUACUAUUAUUAUCAUCAUUAACACUGUACAAAGUCGGCAAUAAUUUUAAGAGACUCACCUCUGAUACACCUCGUCUUAUGUAACCGUUCGUUCGAGUACGAACGAGGUGGAAGAACUCUAUCUCAUUGGCUCCAAGGGAGCUUUUCUUUCUGGUUUUACAACCAGAAAGGGCUAAAUUUUACGAGUUGGAGAGAAUGAGGCCAACAUUCAGGCAAUGAAAACAUCCAAAAAAUAUCCGAGAAAUGUUUGAUCUGUGAAUGGUUAUGACUCGUUGAUAUUGGUUUUAUUAUACAGCGCUUACACAAUUAUUGUGAAAGUGACAAAAAAAUAUGACUUAAAACAAUAAAAAAAAUAACAAUUAGAACGAAUUAAAAAAACACAAUAAAUAUUAAAAGGCUAAUUAAAGAGAAUGUCUAAAAGCUUCAAUUACAAGUUUUACGAGAAAUGUAUUAAUGCGGAAAAAGAAAAUAGGCAGUUAUAUUUCAAAAUAUUAUUUUAUCAGUUGAUCGAAGCUUUAAUUAAUUUCUCUGUGAAACUGUUAAUAAUUGUUGAGCUUUGCUGAAUGUUGCGCAAUUAUUGAACGUGCAUAGCUUUUUGCUUCUAUUGAACGGCAAUCCCAAUUGUCAUCUUAAAAACAUUUACAUUUAAAAUUUCAAUAUUUGAUAAUUUGAUAGAAAAUGUAAAUGGUUAUUUUUUUACUUAAAUCAUAUAUUUAUUGUGUUCUAAUUUAAAAUAAAUAUUUUUUUCAUUAGCAUGAUCAUUCGCAGAUUAAAUUACUUAAUCUACAAACAUUGUUCUUGUCAAGUUUUUUUGUUUCGUUAAAUUCAUUUUAAAAUUUCGUCAACGUUGGUUGAUUUUGAUCGUAUUUCAAAGCAAUUAUCUGUUUUUCUAUCAUUAGAUCUAAGAAGAGACAAUGAUCGAUUAUAUUAUGAUUUAGAAUCAACCGAUAUUGAUGAAAUCAAGCAGCGAAGACAUUUCUCGGACUUUCGCGUUGUUCGAAUGUGACGAUUAAUUUUGCAUUAGAGAUAAUACGUGAUCAAAUAAAUAUGCCCUUUCGACGUGCAAUCAAGCACAAAGAAAAAUCCUUUUACGAUUGUAGCAAUAGGCCUCUUAUAGUCAUGCGUCCGGCUAAGAAAUCUAGCUGCCUUCGAGAACAUCACUCCAAAACUGUAAUUUCAUGUCGCUGGCCGUACAAAAAAUUCGCUUAUAGCUUUCGCAGUACAAUUUUUGCUAUAAAUCAAUAUUAAUAGUAUUAUCGUUACAGCUCUCAUCAUUUCGGACUGUGUAUAUCACUCUGACAACUUCCAGACUCGGCUGGCGAAAAAAAAUUUAUCACGAAAUCUGGUGUAUCGAAUGCAGUUAGAAACUGAAAUUCGGAUUGCACUAUGAAAAGUAAUACAAAUAAAAUAAAAACGCGUUUAUUCUCUCGACCAACGGGACUCGAAGCAGCGGCUCGUGUUAGGAAGAAGCAGCUCUCGGCCUCGAGAUUGCGAUCUCAUCACGGUGGCAUGCAAGCUCGGAUAUUUAAGAUAAUUAAGAGAUUUUAUCUAAAUGACAUUUGAAAACUUAGACUCUGCCUAAAAAAAAA